UCAAGCCAUUUGUGACGAUAAAUCUGGACAGACUAUGAAGAUUAUAAAUGUCAGUAAAUCUGACUCUGGGGUGUAUUAUUGCUCAAUGUCAGGACUGGAACAGAAUUUCCAUAUAGCGGGCACACUAAUAGUUACAGAGCAAUAUCCAAAGAAACCUACCUUGUCGAUACUUUCAUCAGUGGCUGACAAUAAUGAAGGCUCAAAGUCAGUUGUCCUCCUGUGUGUUGCUUUUAACUGGACAAAGCAAUGGCAUUCCAUUGAAUGGACCUUGAAUGGGACAAGGAAAGAAGGCUGGAUGACUCUUGAUUCAGAUGGGAGUUUAAGGAGCUUACUGGUUAUGUCUGAAACUAUUCAAAAUUUAGAAAUUACUUGUUACAUAAAGGAGCGAAAAACUGGUGAAAUGAUCUCCUCAAAUUUCACAGAAAAAUCAGCAGGAAGUGAUGCUGAGACAUCAGCCAGUGACUGUUAUAUUGUACUGUAUGUGGGAUUACCCAUCAUUAUCUUAAUCAUCGUUAUACAUCAGAUUAUUCUUGCCAUCAGACGAAGAAAUUUGUCUAAAGAUGCUCCUCGCCAAGACACUCGACAAGAGCGCCAUGUGAGAUUUUGUCCUGAAGAUGAAUCGGUGACUUACGCUGCAGUAAAAUAAUGAAGCAUCAUUAAAAAAUUUAUUUUGGAGCCAUCAAUCUUAAUUUUAUUUUUUUUUUACUCCGUGCCCAAUGUAUUUAAACCAUGUUGUCCUAGAGAACUGUAUUACAGGUUAAACUCGAAAAAAUUUGAAUAUUGUGCAAAGUUAAUUUAUUUCAGUAAUGCAACUUAAAAGGUGAAACCAAUAUAUGAGAGAGACUCAUUACAUACAAAGCAAGAUAGUUGAAGCCGUGAUUUGUUAUAAGUGCUAUGAUGAUGACGACUUACAGCUCUUGAAAACCCCUAAGCCCCCCCCCCCCCCAAUUACUAUGAUUUGGGGAGCCAUGUCAUCUGCUGGUGUUGGUCCACUGUGCAUUCCAAACACUGUGAACGCGCUGCGGGGGUCGGCCAUGUCCCCUCAUGUCGUCAGGCCAUGCCCCCUCAAUGCAAGUCUAUGGGAGGGGGCAUGGCAGCUGACUGUAAUCUGAUCUCUGGGCUGAAUUUUUAGAGGGUCUGUAUUAGUUAAAGGAAUCUGGUCUGGGGGCUACACUUUUUAGGGAGGUCUGGUCUGGGGUCUGUGUUUUUCAGGGGGUCAGGUCUGGUGGUCUGUAUUUGUUUAGGUGAUCUGGUCUGUUCAUUUGUGGUCAGUUUUUUUUUUAGGGGUUUUGGUCUGAAGUAUUAUAUUUUUCUAGGCCUCUGUAUUUUUUAAGUGGUCUGGUCUGCAGACUGUAUUUUUCAGGGUAUAAUGUGUCAGGCUGUGGGUCUGUAUUUUGUAAAGGAUCUGGGGUUUGUAUUUGUAAGUGGUCUGCUCUUGGGAUCUGUAAUUUUUUUUAGUGGUCUGGUCUUGGGUCUGUAUUUUUCAGGGGUUUAGGUUUGGGGUUCUGUAAUUUUAUGGGGGAUCUGGUGGGGGGUCUGAAUGUUUUUUAGGUGAUCUAGUCUUUGGUCUGUAUUUUUAGGGGGUCAGGCCAUUAAAAGGUUUGGCAUCUGAAUUUCUUUGUUUUGCUGUAGAAGCUGGGGAUUUUUGUGAAAGCCAAUGUCAAAAGUCAUCAGAAGAAGUUUUUAUAGUGGUCUGGAAAGAAAGGGAACUGGAUUAUAGAGGAACAUAUAAAUCCUUGAUUUUCCAUGAAAUAAUCAUAGAGCAUCUUUACUUAAAAGUCAGUAUUGCAAUGCUCCACUUUUAUUCCUCCUGGAAAUAUUCCUUCUUUAUGUACAAUGUCUAGCCUACAUGGAGUUUUUAUUGUUAUGCUAGUAAAUAAAAUCGACUAUGGAGCUACAGCUAUAAAACAAAGCCAUACAUAAAGUUGCAUGUGAACUGCAGAUGUAACUCGAUAUGUAAAAUCAAUCAAUUACCCUACAAUAAGUCUUGUUGUUGAUUUGACCCUACAAGGUAUGAUACUGUCAACAAUAUCUGAACACUGUCAGACUGUGUUGGGGCACAUCCCCAAUACACAAAUAAGACAUUGUCAGUAGAAAUAACAGAGGAACGCAAUGCAGAGUUUAAUGACAAUAUGCUCCAGAAUCUGUUAUUUAAUUGGAAAUACAAAAUGUUAUUAAAACAAACAUGUCAGGAGCAGUGUCAGGUACUAAUACUCUGCCAACGGCCUGUGUAGACCUGAUAUCUGAUCAUUGUAUAGCGAUUUUAUUGGUUAGCAUGUACAGUACUUGUUCCUAACUGAAAAAGUAACACCUGUCCCUGAUUGUCUAAAUAUGUUUUUCUGUUCCACUUUUGUUUUCAUUGUUGUGUUCAAAGAUUAUUUUAACAGGUUUGCAAUUUGCCUUUUUCAGCAAACUUGCCUGGUUCUGUAGAUAUCUCUUCUCACCCCUCUUGUUGACAGCUGGUAGUCAUAGUUCCUGUCCACCAGCUCUGCUUU